UCUACAUUCUGAUCCGAGGAUCAGCUGGAGGAAGCAAUAACAGAGGGAAAAUCUGCAGGGGAAAAAAUCGAGCAAGAGGGAAAAAACUGCAGAUGUUAUACUCUGAACAUCAAGUGUAAAUUCAAGUUUUACACGAAGCCCCUUCUUCUACGAAGAAAGCCUUUUUUUAUUUUGUAUUAUGGUGUUUUAACUACCUCACUUAAAAGGCAACCUAAAGCUAUGCUUUAAGAAUUAUUGUCGUUUCUACUUUGUGUGAGAUCAUCACGUUUACAAUUUGAAAUAUAUUGCUAAUACAGGCCUUUGCAGCGAUACCAAGUAAAACCUUACAUUUGCACUAAGGAAGCCUGUCGAGUCCUCUAAGAAAAUCAACCUACGAGAUCAAGACAAGAAAAGGGUUGAAGCAAAGAGAGGCCAAGAAAACCGUGCUCACUUUCCUGACCUGGCAACUGUUUGACAAAGCGAAAAGCGAAAUAACUAACUAAAUAAGAGAAACAAAAAUACUUAAUAAGUAGCAAAAACACACAAAGGCAGCUAGCUAUACCUUGAGAACUACAACUAUACACAGAACCUGACUUCCGCGAUCCCUGACCCUUGACUUUUUACCCAUUGACGUGUACCCGACCAACCGGCCUAGCCAUGUUCCAAGCUCUGAGCAGCCUGUUCUUCGGAGAGGUGGAGGAGGUGGCCGCAGAGAUCAAGGGGCCCAACCCCUGUGUGACCGACGCUGAUGAGGAAGGAUGGAUGCUGGUCAACCUGCCCGGUGAGUCCUCCCUUAGGGAUAGUUGGAAGGGGUUGGAAGUGGAGAGGGAGAUGGUAGUCACUAUAUGGCCAUGCCAGAAUGGACAGAAGUGAGGAUAUUGACGGUACUGUUGAGCAUGUAUAUCAGCUGUUCGUUUUCUAAGGUCAAAGGUUUUAGUGAUUUGUAGUCAGCACUUCAGUCCUCUCUAGUGUUGCCAUAUAGUGAUGGGGGUGUGGGGGCUAAUAUAUUGUUUAAAAUCUCCAUAAAAGGGAAUCUGAAUAGUUUAGAGGCCACAUCUCAAACUAAAUAUAUAAGCCCCAAUGAAACACAUCACAAAACAGUCAGUACAACAAUACUGUCACUGACAUGACCAAGCGGUUAGAGGGUCGAAGUAACUAAUUAUAUUAUUCCUAUUUUUAUGUUUUGUGUUUCUUUACCCUUUCUUCUCCCCCCUCUCCAAUUUUAUUUAAAUAUCCUGACAUUUCUCACUGGUGUGUGUGUGUGUGUGUGUGUGUGUGUGCGUGUGUGUGUGUGUGCAUGUGCUCCCCUUCUAAUGACCCCACAACCUGCAUGGCUUCUUCCUCUUUGCCUUCACCUUUCCCCCUAACCUACACCACCCUAAACAUACACCCUACCUCAAUUGGCCAACUCCUCCAUGGUCCCACCUUUACUCUGUUCUCAGGGGAAGCUGAUUGUGCGAUGCUAUUAGAGGGAGGGAUAGAGGCGCCAUCGAUAGCACAGGCGCAAGCACAAAACAACCAAUCAAAUCACCCAGACACACCCACCAGAACUGAGUGCCCCGUCCCAUCUCCAACCCCUCCCCCCCAAUAUCAGAAUCGCCGCAGAACACACAAAGCUUGUUCACGAGUGGCGCCAUCAGACCCCCUCUCCACUCUCCCUUCUGCUAGCCCGUUAGCCACGGGCAUCGUUACGCCCAUAUCCCUAAAAAGGCGGGCCAGGCUCUCCACCCCAUCUGUGUCCCCUGGCAGUAGUGGGUCAGAGAGAGGCUGCAUGGACGAGAGCUGGUUCGUUACCCCUCCCCCCUGUUUCACUGCAGAGGGAGCCACGGCCGAGACCAGCCCCAUGGAGGAUCUGCUUAUAGAACACCCCAGCAUGUCCGUCUACGUCUCCCCUAGCAACCUGUCCAUGAUCUCCAACGGCAACCUGUCCAUCGUCGGGGAGGAGAGCAUCACCAGCCUGACAGGCAGCAUGAGCAGGGUGGCAGAACCAGCCGCUACCUCUGCCGUCCAUAAUACCAUGCCCACCAGGGUGACCCGAGGAGCCGCUGCCCAGGCCGGUACCCUGGCCAAGGUGACCCAGGUGGCCAGGGUUCAGAGGGGCAAGGCUCGCACUGAGAGGCGCCACCUUGGACGCAACCGCAUCCAGCGCCAGAACCGCACUAGGGAGCAGGUUCCCCGCCACGCAGCCCACGCUAGAAACACCUACCUGCACCAGCCCUGCCAGCGUAACAUCUGCCACUGAGCUCCCAGGGGGAGCCAUUUACUCUGAGGGCAUUAGUGGUUAUACUACCCCUUACAUACAUACAGGUAGAUUUAUAUGGACACACACACAUAUAUACUCAUGUAGACAAAUAUGUAAAUACAUAUGCACACAACGUACACGCAUCAUUUACACAUGCACACACAGCACAUAGACACUCUCUCUUUCACUAAAUCACUCUCCCACACACACACACACACACACUAAUUGAUUUACGUAGGCUACUGUGCCAUGUUAGGCCCUAAACCCCAACCAAGCCCUCUAAUAACUUAAGUCUAUUGUUGUUAGCUGUCACAUAUAAACAUUUUUGAAAAACUUGCAAAAAAAUAUUACUUAGCAACUAAUAUGUGUGUAAAACUAUAAAACGUUCCAUCUACUCUCUCCAUUUCAGUUAAAACACUCAUCUCCUCUGUCUCUUCCUAGUGGAAGUCCACCUAUUUACUGUCGUGGAAUACAUGGCCCUCUCUCCUUUGCAGCUGUCCUAAUGCUUUUAAUCAGGUUGGGGGACAGGCAGGCAAAGGAGGAGAAAUGAAAGAUGCUCACUCUCUUUCUGCGGGAACAAGCUUUUAUAGGGAAUCUUUAUUAGAUAGUACACCUGUGGACAUGUACUCAUUUUAGCCGUUGAGUAUCUACAUAGCUGGUUAUAAAUGAAGACAGGGAAAGGCUGCCCACAGGAAAAACAUCAUCUUAAACCUUCAUCUGGACCUUUAUUUGUCGUGUUUGAGUUACCAAACAUUUUUUUAUAAAAAAAAUCUGUUUGCAAAAAGGAAGAGUAUACCGUGUACAUUACAGUGAGAGAGGAGAAAAACCAGAAGAGGUGUUUGUCCUCUUGUCCCAAUGUGAGGGAUGGAAGCAGGUAGAGGAAGGUGAAAGGGAGGAAGACGAAAACAGACUAAAGAGUAAAAAUAAGUCAAAAACGACGAAUUGGAGAGUUUAGAUAGGAUGACAGAGGAACCAGAGUAGAUGUAGUUGACUUUGUAGUGUAGCUUCUGGGCAACCAAUAGUUAAUUUUUAGAAUGCCUAACUGGCUACUUUUACAUAUUUGGCUUGCCAUCUGUGACUAAGACAAGUUUGCCAAUGCAGAAACAAACAGGCACUCUUAUCUCAAGUCAGGCAGACGUGCAAAGCAGGAAGCUGAUUCCCUAAUUUCCUAAACGUUUUUGUUCAACAACUACAACACGAUCAGGAAAGUAAUUCAGAGCUGUCUGGUCAUAAGAAGUCUAGUAUAACUAGUUCAAUGACUGUGCAUAGUUAACUGUGUAUGUCCUGUGCAAAUUACUUUGUUGGGACGUACCAUAAUGAUAUAUGUAGGGAAACUAGCCAAGGGUUGCCUGUAGGUUACAAGGCAGGCUAAAGUAGGUGCAAGGCGGUAUAGAUGGCAACUCUUUAUUUUGGUUUGUUUGUUUGUCUGCUACUGUUAUUAAAGUUAUGGAGAAGGUAGGCCUAACCAAUGCUCUCUGAAUGAUGUCUGUGACAGGAAAAGCCUGUUCCCUGCAGCCCCAUAAUGAGAGCACAUCGUUUCAUCCAAAUAGCUGACAACCUAAAAACUUGGCCUAGUUUGACAGAAUGACUGUGAAAGAUUCACACUUUGAGGAGAAUAGUAUAAAAAAAAGAGAAAAAAUCUAUAUACAUUUGCUCAGCACACACAUUGGGCUCCAACUGAUGUUGUUGUGCUGUGAUGCUUCUGCAUUAAGACACCUCCCCCCUAAGUAAAUAUUAAUCAAGUGACAACCUUACCCAUGAAAAGACAAACAGGGAAAUAGAUAACAUCGACCAAUCCCUUUUCACUUCACGUCAUUCAGUGACAACAGGGUAAUCAUGGUAGGAGACUCGGGGUGAACACACACACGCACACAAUGUCCACCGGGCAGAUUCUGCUCAUUGUUGCUAGUAAAGACUAGCUCAAGGACAGAGAAUUAGUUAUGAGUGACCCUUUACCUUCUACACCCACUCCCUGGCCUCCUAAUAGCACAUCCAGCCGUAACAGUGUCCCCCACCUUAAGAUCUAGCUUACUGAGAUGUAUUCAACUACAAUAGUAAACUAUGGUGCUGAAGUGUAUAUGACUAUACACUAAAGUUUGUAAAUGAUUUGAGACAUGGAUGUAAGUUUGCACUGUCAUAUAUUUUGGUGAGUCACAGUUUUAGCUGUGUGAUGUCUUUUAUUCUCCUUUGGGAUGUUUACUUUUCUUUUUGUUUUGUAUCAAACCAUCAAAGGUCUGUGAGAGGAUGUGUGUUAAAAAAAAUACUUCAAAAGACUAAUAAUGAUCAAUUAUUUUUCUUGUACAUAUUAGAAUACAGGUUGUAAUGCUCCUUGCCGUUAGGUGUCAAAGCGACUCAGGAUUAGAGUCCUUAAAGUAGCUACCAUCUUGACUGAGGACAAGACUGUCCCUGCCUCUUUCCUGAAUAGGACAGUAAGGAUGCAUCUCAAUAAUCUAAAGUGGCAUCCUAUCCACUUAUCCUUUCCUUAAUCUACACUGAGAUGUGACCAAUUGAGAUGUAACCUAUUGGAGCUUUUGGGUUAGAUGUGUUAACGUUCCAAUUAGACACUGCCCUCUAGGGGGAUAAAAGUGUAAUAACUUGUAACGACACAGGAUCAUUUCAUGCGGGCAUCAUCAUAACACAACACAUAUUUCAAAGUAUAAAGAUGUAUUUGUGGGAGAAGUGGAAUUGUUCUCUAGAUACAGUGAGAGUGAGGUGAGAAAUUGUUCUUAUUGUUUAGAAUGUUCUGAAUUAGAAACAUUUAUUUGUCCCUUCAAUCACAAACCACCAUGUUCCACUCAACGUAUCGCCAACUAUCUUGUAAAUUACUAUAUUUUAUUUGAAUUAUCUACUAAUAUGAUAUAAUUAUUAAUAUGAUGUAUAUUUAUUUUCUGUUGCUGUUUUAAAUGAUGACUGUAUGUAACUCUGUUUGAUCCUAUGAAUGACGCAGUGUGUGGAUUGCAGUAACGACUCACUCACACACACAGAUACACACACAUCUGGUCUCCAUACUUCCUUAACCCCUAGGGUUUUCUGAAACUUAUACUACAGUAUCUCUGUGGUCACACUUCUUACUCACAUGAUGAAGACAUUUUACAAAGAGAGAGGGGAGGGGGCCUAUACAUGAGAGACCAUAGCUGUGUGUGUGUGUGUGUGUGUGUGUGUGUGUAACUCACCACCUCUAACAAGGCCUUGUUGGUCCUCACUGCAAGACUGUUUUUCUCUUUUUCUUGUUGUUCUUUUCCUUCUUUCCAUCACCCUCUCACCUUUACGUCCAUGUUAUCUCCAAGUUGUUGUUUUCUGAGUAUGUAGUGUGGGACUAAUGAAAGGUGUGAGUUUAGGGUGGCAACCCGCCAAUCACAGAGAGAGGGCGGGGCCACCAGGUGCACGUGUGUCUAGUGUGAUGUGAGAGUUGUGGGGGAGGGAGGAAGAAAGAGGGGAUGUGACAGAGGAUGGAGUAAGCAGAUAGAUUGAAAAAAAAAUCUGAAAUGAAAUGUAUCAACAAAAAAAAAUAUGCUUGUAUUUUUCCCCGUUUAGUUAUUAGAACAGUUGUUCACCUGGUAUGUUAAUGUUUUAAAAGAAAGGGGGUUGAUUGUGUGUGGAUUAUUUUUGUUCUGCUUUGCGCCCUAAAAUGAUGGCAGCUUUAAGAUACUUUGGGGUUCACCCACGUACCAUCUCAAUGAGUACACCCCUCCCCCGUCAAAACAACUAUUUAUAGACAUAUAAAAAUGAUUGGUGUAUCUGAUAUCUAUGGUGAUCGUGCCUUUCACUAUUUCUGCAUGGUUUUUGUGAUGUACUGAAUUGUUCCAUCCCUGAGUGGACAGUCAAGUCCAUAGAGAGUCAAGUCCAUAGACAGUCAAGUCCAUAGACAGUCAAGUCCAUAGACAGUGAAGACCUAUGCAACCACCAACGGAUGGGUUAAUACAACAUCCAUUCAGAAAAACGCAGGUACCACACAACAACAACAACAACAACAACAAUAAACACUCAGGUUGACAACCUGAA